AUGUCGUCACCCAAUCGCACUCAAAUAAGAAACUCUCUCAGUGAUGCAAUACACACACUUUCAAAGACUGAAGAGACUCAUGAAAAUCCCACCAAGAAUCUCCCUCCUGUCUUCAGCAACACAGCCGCUCAUAUACCACUAGUCCAAGCUGUUUUUGCAUCAUGCAAGAAUCACGUUAAAAAUUGGUCUGCUCAGGAUGAAGAAUCUACCGAUGAAGUGGGCCGAAUCUUAGUACAGUGCAAUAAGAAAGUGACGAGACUGGACGAUAUCUUCCAGGGUGUCAUUGACAGCUCUGAUGCGGUGCAGCAGUAUCCAAGGGUUGCGCAAGGCAUCGGAUUGGAGAUUCUGAUGAGAGACAUCCUUCAAAAUGCGAUUGAACUGACAAGGAGUCCACUCUUUGCGAAAGACAACGAGAUUAGCUCGCAAAUUGAAGAACUGGGGGAAGCAUUGCGACAGGUCAAUAUGAUACCUUCCUCGUUGCCAAAGGUUUCUCAUGAAUUCCACAAUUCAGGGUCUGGUUCUAUGCAUGUGAACACUGGGAGUGGGUCUCAGAGUAACAAUACGGGCAAAGGGUUUCAAUUCAAUGGACCAGUCAACGGACUGAACAUUGCGAGAAAUGGGGUUUGA